UGUGGCGCCGCGGAAGGCAGCGAGCGGCAGACGUGCAGACAGAGCGGUGCACGGGCGCGCACCAGCAGCAGCAGCAGCUCCCCGCACCCUCACCGGUCUGCACGCUGCCGGGACUCCACCGUGUCGGCUUCAGAGUGGUGAAAAAUGUUGUGGCGGACUCAACUCGCCGUCUCUGCUGUGAUCACGCUGCACGUCAUUGGUUCAGCUCUGAUCCCUGCGACAGCCAUGGAGGACAGCCGAGAGUGUCGGGAGCACGAGUACAAGGAUCGUUUCGGGAACUGUAAACCAUGCAAGCAGUGUGAUGCCGGACAGGAGCUGUCAAAGGAAUGUGGCUUUGGCUAUGGAGAGGAUGCCCGGUGUGUGCCCUGCCGGACCAGCCGCUUCAAGGAGGACAGGAGUCGGCAGAAGUGCAAGCCCUGCCUGGACUGUGGACUCCUCAACCGCUUCCAGAAGGGCAACUGCUCCACCACCAGCAACGCUGUGUGUGGCGAGUGUCUGCCGGGGUACUACAGGAAGACGAAACUCAGCGGCUUCCAAGACAUGGAGUGCAUUCCGUGUGGGGACCCUCCGCCUCCGUUUGAGCCUCAUUGUAGCCGGCGUGUGAAGCUGGUGCCGCUGCCCUCGGUGGUGACCAGCCCCCGGGACAUGGCCCUGGCCGCCAUCAUCUGCAGCGCUCUGGCCACCGUGCUGCUGGCGCUGCUGGUCCUCUGUGUCAUCUACUGCAAGAGACAGCUGCUGGAGAAGAAGCCCAGCGCUGCGUCUCUCAGGACCCCGGACUCUAGUGCUGCAGCCGAGCUGUCGCAUCUGGACCCUCACUGGCUCCACGACUUCCCCCAGACCUCCUGCUGCCACUGUCACCCGAGUCCUGGACACGUCUGUGGUCCCGUCCACUUGAUCCCACCUCUGUGCUGUGAGGACCGCUGCAGCCUGGGCCACAGUUCCUUCCACUCGCAGCCCAGUCUCUGGGACCGAGGCUCAGACCAGGACCACCAGGGCCACCCGGAGCCGGGUCCUUCCCCCGAGGGCUGCGGGCUCCCAGAACCUGCUGACGAUGGGGACGGGAAGGAAGAGGCGUCCAGGUGCAGGGACACGUCACCUGAGCUGCCGAGUCUACAGACGUGAGGAGGGCAGUGACCUGGAGCGGACCACGGUCCAGCAGCUGGUGUUUAUGAAGCUUUUGUGUCCUGAGAGUGUUCGACUCCACGUCCGACUGUGACGGACCUGCACCUGGAGAGACGCUGCAGAACCAGACGAAGAAGAUUCUGGAGGCAAUUCCUGUAGAUAUUGUAAUAUAAAUAUAUAUGUAUGAAACAACAGCAACAUAUUUUUGUAAAAGUGCUCCCGACUGAUGUUUACUCUCACUUGUUUGUAAAUAAAACACAUCAAGAAGUUGUUUCCUCGGAUCGUGUUGGUGACAGAAGUCACGUCCGUGUUCUGGGGCGUUUCUGAGGGU